AUGCUAAUCUUAAUAAAGGGAGCAAAGAAGCAAUUAGUAAUUAAACCAACACAAGGUAGUUGGGGAACCAGAGAUAUAGAUAGAACAAUACAUAAUAUGCAGGAGAAGCAGAUGAUUACAUGGCAUUAUCUUAAACGAGUCAAAGAAAGAUCUAGUAAAAGAAAAGUUCCAAUCUGGUUUAAGUCAAUUGAGAAUCAGAUUAUCACUAACUUUGAUACAAAAGAAAUAAAGCAAGAUUUGCAAACAAUGAAGGUCUCAGAAGACAAACCUAAACUUGAUUGGAUACUAGUCAACAACAAAGAGAACAAGCUAGAUAUUCGAAGAGUAAUUAGCAAGAGCAAAGAAGAAUUUCGCACAGAGAAGUGGUUAGUUAGUAAAGAAGAGAAAGAUAAAAUUAGAAUAGAUAAAGAAGCAAUUAUAUUAAGCAAUACCCAACAAACAGAGUGGAUCAAUAACAAAAAAGUAUUGCAAGGGCUUAGAAAGCAAAAUAGUAGUUGGGUUCUUGAUAUGACACAAAGCUUACUUGAAGAAAUUAGAAAAAAUACUAUUGAUCCAGAGAUAACUA